GUGACGGUGCACACCCGCCCAGACACUGAUCCCGCCCAGACGCGAAAUUGUACAGGAAAGUACUCGGCGCUCGUACUUGGUAGUCACUAAACAGUAAACAGUUGUGUUCACACAGUCACACAGGUCACAAUUGUCCUGUUUCCGUCCGAGAAGACACACCUCCACCGUCAUAGUACGUCCGUCGUUGGAAUUAUCAAACAGAAAUGAGUUCUCCGUCAUUAAAAGAUCUGCCAAAGGUAGCAUUCGACCUUAAAAAUCAACUUGAGGGGUUCAAUCCUGACAAUAUGAAAAAGGCCGAUACCAAUGAAAAAAUUAUUCUUCCGACUGCUGAAGACGUAAAACGAGAACGUCAACAUAAUGAUCUCAUCCAUGGCGUCAAUAACUUUAGCGCAGACAAGCUAAAAAGAACAGACACUCUGGAAAAAGUAAUCUUGCCAAACGCUCAAGACGUAGCUGCAGAAAAAAGCCAAAAAGCAUUCACUGAAGCACUUAUUGAAGGCGUUGGAGGGUUUGACACUAACAAAUUGAAACAUACCGAGACACAAGAAAAAAAUCCACUCCCUGAUAAAGCUGUGAUUGAAGCCGAAAAGGAACAACAACAAUUAAUCGCUGGUAUUGAGAACUUUGACCCUGCAAAGUUGAAACCCACAGUAACUGAAGAAAAAAACCCAUUGCCCACUAAAGAAGUUAUUGCUGAAGAGAAAAAAGCCUAAGCAUUAACAUUCCUAAUGCUUCCUCAAUGGAACAGAUCAACUAUUAUAUUAAUUAUACUUUUACAUUUGUAUCGCCUUUUGAAUUGGAAAAAAUUAUAUGAAUAUAUGAACAUUUUACAUAUUAUGCAUAAGCCAUAGAUGGUCAUUUAAUAUUAAGAAUCUCUAAACCAAUUCUGUCUUGAUGUAUUAACUUUUAAGUUAAAUAUAUAAUAUAUAUAUGCAUUUUUUAACAUUCAA